CGGAUGAGGCCACUUUCUAUUUCCGGGUCGCGCUCCUCUGGCUGGAGGCAAGAUGGCCGCGCGGUGCUUGUGGAGGAGGCUUUGCCAGGGAUCAUCUUUUCCUGUCAACUAUGCAAGCAGAGUUAUGCAAAAGCAAUGUUUUCUUCCAAACUUUGACUUGGUGGGAGGACGAUUCUCUGGAUCCCAUGUUCAUACAGAGGAACCUAAGACUAAUCCUCUGGUGUCUAUUUCAGAUGAACCAGAAAUACUGUACCGGAGACUGUCCCUUUUGGUUAAAGGCCACGAUAAAGCUGUGUUGGACAGCUACGAGUAUUUUGCUGUGCUUGCAGCUAAAGAACUUGGCAUCACUGUUGAAAAAGUACAUAGACCUCCAAAGAAGAUAGAACGACUUACGCUUUUAAAAUCUGUGCACAUUUACAAGAAGCACAGAGUUCAGUAUGAAAUGAGAACACAUUACACCUGUUUGGAGGAUAAGAACUUUCUCAGGGAAGGGAAGAUGCUGCAGGUAAGUCAUUGUCGUGGUGGUAACUGAGAGUUCUGUUCUCCGUGAGCGUGCUUGAUAUUUUGAACACUUUUGCCCUGUGCAACACCAUGUGACAAACUAAAAUUGUAAGGGGAGAAAUACCAGAAAGGAAGUGUGUACAAACCACUAGUUCUGUGGCUGGUGACGCAGACUUAUAUAUGGUUUAGUAUGCAGCUGUGGUUGACCUUCUCAGAAUAAAAGUUUACUGCCAGCUUUUUGUGGCCUGUAGGUCUAUUAUGGUGUAGUUGUGCUUAGUAAAAUGUGUCUCUGCCCUCAGUCCUCAGACAGUAGAGCAUUGCUGAUGGCUGCCCACAGACCAUAAACACAACUUCUGCUUUCCAAGAGAAACUAGAAUCAAGAACAUGGUAGAGUUCUGGAGUUGGGGGAUUUCAAUCCAGCUUGAAUUUUGAGAGUAUAAAAAAGCUGUGAGUUCUUGCCUAACCUGCAGUUUGAUCUGAUUCUUGCACUAUUAAGGUCCAUUUCUAUCAUGAUCAAUACGUAUGAGCACACAGUAUAUAUACAGUUCUGCAUGGAAUUGCUACUUUAUACUUGCAUAAGAUAAGUACUGCUUACCUGCCUGUGUUGAAUUUUAUGGGAGCUGGCUUAGUGUAAGAUGCUUGGACCCGCUGCAAAAACUAGAGAAGUCAGAACAAACUCCUUUUUUUCAUAUUCCAUUUGAAGUAUUAGUAAUAGUCUUUCACUAAAAAAGCACAUUGCUUCUG